AUGCAAGCUUGGCUGGAGAAGCACCAGAUUCAAUAUGAUUUAGUCUCCACAAAGAAGGAAUUACUAGCCAUAUGUAAAGCCAAUAAGAUGCCUAUCACGUAUCAACUUGACGAGUUCAUUGCGAAGGAAACCCCAGACGAAAUCGUUUGUUUACCUCCCUACCACAGUAAAUACAAUCCCAUUGAAAUGGUUUGGUCCUUACUGAAGCGUUAUUUCGAUGCUCAUGUCCGCCGUGAACGCGAGAUCUUGAAGGAUUAUGCCAGGGAAGUGUCCGAUGACUCUGAAUCCGGUUAUCAGAUUCACAUAACUUGUGAAAAUAAGGAUUUCAUUGAUGAUGAAGACUUGGAAAUUCUAGAGCUCUUAGCGACUGACGACAACUCAGACGACUCGAGAAUUAUGGACAGGGAAAUUACAAACGUCUCCAGUGAGGGUUAUCCAUGUUCUUCAGAAUCCUCCAUGAACCUCAUGAAGCCAGAUGUUCAAGAGGUUGAACAUGAUAACCUUGUGGAAUCAUCAAAUGCCACCAACACUUCGAUUGUCCUAACCGGAGCUGAUCUGGGAAUUUCAACGUCUAACUCCACAAUCACUGAUGAGACCGGAGCUUCUGUAGCCAGUAUUGUUAAAGAUUGGUUAACAAAAGAUAAAGAUGAGAUUAUUCCGACUCGUGGGGAAACACUCCGGGUUCAACAUGUAAACACAUUGUCAGGAAAGGAGUGGGCGAAUGAUUCCGUAAUUAAUAAUUACCUGCAGCUUGUUGUGGAGCGCAGCCAGGGGUCUGUACAUGCCUUCAAUACAUUUUUCUAUGGUAGACUUGUCAUUUCCUACGAGGGUGUUAAGAAGUGGACUAAGAAUCUAAUUCUUCAUUAUCUGAUGAAAGAGCAUUUUACUAAGAAAGGAAAACCUUUCUCGGCAGCAGGAUGGACAAUGACCGAUGUAGAGGAUAUACCCCGGCAGAACAAUACUUGAGAUUGUGGCAUUUUUCUGUGCUCAUACGCUGAGUAUUUGACGAGGCUGGCCCCUUUCACGUUCACCAUCGCCGAUAUGCCAGAUAUUCGGCAAAGAAUGAUGAACGAAAUUGUUUCAUCACACUUGACUCAUUCAUUGUCAGAAUCCCCGCCUACACCGUUAGGUCAGGAAUGUGUUGCUGCUCAAGAACCGGCAAUGACUUCA